AUGAUAAGAAAUUUCUCGUCUGUGGUGGUCAAUCUUGGCAAUUCUUCUUUCGACAGGUGGCCACAAAAUACAAAUGUGUACCGCGUGAACUCCAUCGAUGCCGACUACAUUGCCGAUGUCGUAGACAAUCCAAUUUGUUGCUUACCUCGCGGCAGCUACUUAGCAAUCUACCGAAUUUACAUAACUGUGACGACGACUGUUGAUCCAACACCUUAUACUUUGACGAGUAGCUUUGAAACAACAGCUUAUCCUGCGACGAUGACCGUCGAACCAACACCUACCAGUCUACCAGAAGCAAACAUCAACAAUACUGGUUGCAACUGCCAUCUGGAAACAGUUUGGCUGGAUGUCUUUCUUCUCAUGGACGCCAGUCUGUCCAUGACUCCUAAUGGGAUUGACUCG